AUGAGAGCGGGAGCGAGGCCAGUGCAGGGGCGGCAACCCUCUCGUCCAGAAGGGGACGAGCAGAGGGAGCGGCCGCGGCAGGUCAUCGAGGCGAGGAGGAGCAGCGGCCGGGCGGAUCCAGGCCGGCCGACGGCGGAUGCAGGCGCGGACGACGGAGAGGGGGCCCGCCGGCAACAGAGGAAGGCUUGCAUGAUGGAGGCUCCACAGUAUAGACCUUGGUCAGAUCUUCCGCCAGAACUCUUGGGCCUUGUCCUCAAGCGCCUCCCCUCGCUAGCUGACCGUGUUCGUCUGAGAGCAGUCUGUCACCCAUGGCGCUCUAACAGCCUGCUGCAACCACUUCCCCUCCCAUUCCCAUGGCUCACCCUCCCUGAUGGCACCUUCUUCAGCAUCCCAGGAGGUGAGGUUCACCAGAUGUGUUUACCAGAUGGUGCUCGUUGCCAUGGCUCCAUUGACAACUGGUUAUUCCUCAUGAGCAGUGAUGACGCAUGCACAUUGAUGAACCCUUUCUCUAAGACCACAUUGGAGCUUCCUAAUCCGCUCUCAUUUUGGCAGCGUAUACACGGCGAAUAUGAUCCUAAGCAACUUUUGUACAAGUUGGUGGUACCCUCGCCCCUGGACAUAUCACCUGAUUCCCUUGUUGCGGCAUUGAUCAAGGAUGAUGAUAAUAUCGGUACAGUUUGCACUAGUCAGCCACUGAUUGCCACUUACUCGGUACAAGGCAAUUCAGUACAUCGCUUCUUUGAUGCCGCGUUGUUCGAUGAAAAGUUGUACGCGGUGUCUGUCUUUGGCCAGCUCUUCAUCCUUGAGUUAUGCAGAAACCUCGAUAGUAAUUCAACCAUCAAUCGCGUAAUCGACUCUUCGGGCGAUUUUCAUGGAGGACCAGAAUGCAUUUCCAGAGAGGUGGCGUUCACAUACAUGGUGUAUCUAGUUGAAUGUGCUGGUAGACUAUUGGUGGUGAAACGAUUCAUUCGUCGUCUGAGCCCUUCCCCUGAUGACAAUAUCUUUGACAAUACUCAAACUCCUGGAUUUGUUGUCCUUGAGGCAGACCUGCACUCCAACCCUUGCCGAUGGAAAAGGAUCAGUGAGUUGGGUGGACAUGCUCUCUUUGUUGGCCAGCAUGGCUCCAAGUCUCUGCCUGCUAGAGAAUGCAUAGGAUCCCAGGAGGAUUGCAUCUACUUCAUUUGUGACUAUCCCCAUCCAAAGUAUUUUUCGAGUCCAUUUCGCGAAUGUGGUGUGUACAACAUACGGAAUGGUAUGGUCAUGCAUUGAUGUCUCAGACUGUAGCACCUGCACAUGAUGCUGGCCAGUGGCGCCCGACAUGGUUUUUA